CGCAGGGUGGAAGGCUGGGAUUGGUGAAACUCACUCGCCCGCCCUGCGGCUGUGAAAGGAGGUGGCAGCCGGGGAGGUCUGGCACGCGGACCCAGCCCCUGGUUCCGGCAGAUCACAGCUGCAGGGCAGCCAUGAGCCUGGUAGCCUACGAAUGUCCACCUGGCCCAGGCCUGGAGCCUGAGCCCUGUUCACGAGCACGUUCCCAGGCCUGUAUGUAUCUGGAACAGAUUCGUAACCGAGUGGCUAUGGGGACACCUGACAUGAACAAGCGUGACUACCUGGUAGACGCAGCCACCCAGAUCCGGCUGGCCCUGGAGCGUGAUGUUAGUGAAGACUAUGAGGCGGCCUUUAACCACUACCAGAAUGGUGUGGACGUCCUGCUCCGUGGUGUACAUGUUGACCCCAACAAGGAGCGAUGUGAAGCAGUAAAGGUGAAAAUUACCAAGUACCUGCGGCGGGCCGAAGAGAUCUUCAACUGCCACUUGCAGCGGACACUGGGCAGUGGAGCCAGCCCUGACACGGGCUUCAGCAGCCUGAGGCUCCGGCCCAUCCGCACACUGAGCUCUGCCCUGGAGCAGCUGAAGGGCUACAGGGUGGUUGGAAUCAUCCAGAAGGUGCAGUUGGUCCAGGAUCCAGCAACUGGAGGGACCUUCAUUGUGAAGAGCCUUCCCAGGUGCCACACCGUAAGCCGAGAGCGGUUAACUAUCAUCCCGCAUGGAGUUCCCUAUAUGACAAAACUACUGCGGUACUUUGUGAGUGAGGAUUCCAUCUUCUUGCACUUGGAGCAUGUGCAAGGAGGUACUCUCUGGUCCCACCUGCUUUCCCAGGCACACCUUCAACAUUCUAGGCUCAGGCCUGGCUCUGCCCAGAAGUCGAAAGCCCAGCUCAACACCUGUCUCAGCCUCAUGACUCCAGCACAGCUCCCACCAAGCCACACCAUGGGGCAGGACAAAAUCCCUCUGGAGCCUCCACAGACUUUUCAGAGCCUUCUUCCAGCUAAGGGGGCCCCAUCCCUCAGACCCCAGAAAGAGGCUUGCAGUGAGCCUUCAGCGGGGACCAGCACUUCCUGCUCUUCAGACCUCACAGAAGCCCCAAGAGGCCACUUGCGCAGUCAAGUCAAGCGAGCUGGUCAGAGCUUGAACCCUGGGUCCACUAGGGGGCUGGACUGGGUUCGAGAGGGGGCUGGUCGGGUGCUGGGGGGCUGUGGCCGAGGCAGAGGUCAGAGCCCCCCAUCAGUGAACAGGGCCAGGUGGGGGUACAGCAGAGCUCUCUGGAGUGUGAAGGAGGAACAGGUGAGACAGUGGGCAGCUGAGAUGCUAGUGGCACUGGAAGCACUACACGAGCAAGGGGUGCUGUGUCGGGACCUCAACCCACAGAACCUGCUUCUGGACCAGGCAGGUCACAUCCGGCUCACAUAUUUUGGCCAAUGGUCCGAAGUGGAGCCCCAGUGCAGCCAGGAAGCUGUAGACUGCCUGUACAGUGCCCCAGAGGUUGGGGGUAUUUCUGAGCUGACCGAAGCCUGUGACUGGUGGAGCUAUGGGUCACUACUGUAUGAGCUGCUCACAGGAAUGGCACUGUCCCAGAGCCACCCUUCAGGAUUCCAGGCCCACACGCAGCUCCAGCUGCCGGAGUGGCUCAGUCGCCCAGCAGCCUCGCUGCUGACUGAGCUGUUGCAGUUUGAGCCCCAGCGGAGACUAGGUGCUGGAGGAGGAGGCACCAGCAAACUCAAGUCCCACCCCUUUUUCAGUACUAUCCAAUGGAGCAGACUGGUGGGGUAAGAGGUGGGUUAGUAGGCAAGGAAGCAGCCAGCCUGGAUCUCCUGUUUGCCUGCCAUCUGAGCUGGCCCCUCUGAUCUGUGGACUUCAGGGGAAGACAGUGGGGCAGCGCAGCUCAGCAACCUGCUUGGGCCUAUAGUAAUGACUACUGUCCCGUAAAGGCCAGCCCCUGGGGAAGCUGCUGGAGGGUCGGUAAGAUCCACCCUGCUGAGCAACCUGAAGUCAUUAGUCAGUAGACACCUGUUGAGCACCUUGUACCUUUAACAUGGAUCAGUCAUGUUAAGGGGUGCUGUCACUCAAGUUCUGAACUGCUGAACAUCUGCUGAGCCAACCAACAAGUUUGGUGACACUGCCAUAUUGUACCCCACUUUGGACAACUCUGGAGACUCAUCUCAGGACACUGAUCCUCCGGAUCCAAACUAGGGCUGUUCUGGGUCCAUUGCAGUCAUGCAGCCAGUAGGUUGUUUCCAUUAGAGACUGUUCCCACAAGCACAGGGAAGGUGAGAAGGAAGUCUGUAGGGUGAGAUGAGAGGAUGGAUGAUCCACUCUACCCUCCUGAUCCUAACUUGUGAUUUGACUUUGGAGAACAAAAGAAGUCAGGAGAAGGCAGGGCUAAGGGGUGGUAGGUUAAGAAUGCAGUUUUUCCACUUAGACCAAGCCUGAAAACCAAAUAAAGAGCUUUCUUCCCUGUCAGGAGAGCCUACCCCAUGGAUCCAAGAGGGGAGUCUCUUCAUAUUGGUUGUCAUUCAGCAUUUUGGUCACGAGGUUGUACUCAAUUCACUGCCCACUAUGACUUUUGGGAUAAAAAGCCACAAAUUACCCACACUUUUGGCCAGGUGUUUCUGGUCUCAGAACUCGCGGGGGGGGGGGUAAGUGGCUAUCCCCAAAGACAAUGCCCCUCCCUAGGUUUGAGGGCUCCUCUCAGGACCUAUCCAGUCUCUGUGGUGUGGCACGUGCCACAAAUUUUCACUUGAUCUAUUCCUAUAUCCUUCUAGACCGUGUGUCUAUACCACAACCAAGUGGUGUCUAACACUGUUCACCACUUGGGCAACUGCCACCAAAUACCGGUGUCCUAGGGAGUCCCAAGAUUCCCAUUUCUUAGGCUGACUCUGGGCCAGAUGACAGGGGAAAGCACAACCCCUGUUCCAUGCUCCAUAGCCCCCAUCUUGCAGUCCCUGGGGUUUCCCCACCCUCCAAUAAAAUCUGUUCUUCCUGCAGUGCCCUUGCAUCAUUAAUGUAGUGAGUGACUUGCAAAGGGCAGAUUACAAGGGAAGCAGUCUGUCUUCUACAAAGCAGCCCUCAAGAGACGCGGUGGGUUGUGGGGGACACAGAACUCUACAGGUGGUAAAGAGAAACCUUGGAAAGUGCCUUACAGUGACCCCUUGAAAGAUGGUAUCUCCUGAGAAACAGGUCAAGAGGUUAACUUAGAACCUGCUGGAGUCGACUUACAAGUACAUGCUCCUUCUGUGACAACCCAUAAAGCCUACUUCAACCACUGCUUUAUGACGUACAAGUCAUUUCUGGGCCUCAUCUAGCCAACACACUGUAUAUCUGGCACUCUUGAGCCCUGUUUGGUCCUAGCUGUGGCAAAGAUUAUGGAUGACCUUUUAAUAAAAUG